CAGGACUUUAUUUCUGGCUCCCCUAACGUCUCACAGGUGGGCCAGGCACUCAGGUUGUCUCUUUGCUUCACCUGUGCCCCACCCAAAUCCCAGCCUGCCUCAAGGGGCAGGAAGGAGUGAGCAGCAAGCAGCCUCCUUUGAUCAGAAAGUUGCACUUGUCCCUUCUGCCCGCAUCCCAUUGGCCAGGAUUUAGUCACAUGGUCACACCCAGCUGCAAGGGAGGCUGGGAACUAUGGCCACCAGCUGGGUGGCUAUGUGCCCCUGGGCAGUUUCAUAACCCAAAGGAAGAAGUAACGUGUGGAUGAUUGAGACAGUUUUUGCUGCAGAAGUGUUUCCACUGUGCUUGGUAGAUGCUUUGAGAAGUUCUUCAAGCUUUUUCCACGUCCAGAGCUUGCUUGCUUCUUUAUUUAUUUAUUUAUGGCCUCCCCCUGCAGCUUGUGGGAUUUCAGUUCCCCCAGUCAGGGAUUGAAUCCAGGCCCUCGGCACCUAGAGUGCGGAGUUCUAUCCAGUGGACUGCUGGAGAAAACCCCAGAGCAUAAUUUAGAGCGGUGCUGUUCAGGGGACUUUCUGUGAUGGUGGAAAUGUUCUGUUUUCUGAAUCGUCCAGGAUGGUCACCACAAGCUGCGUGGGGCCAUGGAGCGCUUCACAUGGCUUAUGCAGCUGAAGAAAUGGACUUUUACUUUCAUUUUAGUUAAUUUUAACCAAAUGUGGCUGGCAGUUCCUCCUUUUGGGCAGCACACAUCUGGACCAUGGAAUUGAAAGGGAGUGGUUAGAGCGUCUUUGAUAUCACAUUCAAAGAGGCCAGCAUCAUCACCCCAUUUUCUCACCUGCAAACCCAGCUGGGACGGUGCCGGAGCGUGAAGGAGUUUGAGAAGCUGAACCGCAUUGGGGAAGGCACCUACGGCAUUGUGUACAGGGCCCGGGAUACCCAAACGGAUGAGAUUGUCGCCCUGAAGAAAGUGCGGAUGGACAAGGAGAAGGAUGGGGUCCCCAUCAGCAGCCUUCGAGAGAUCACGCUUCUCCUUCGCCUCCGCCAUCCGAACAUCGUGGAGCUGAAGGAGGUGGUUGUGGGGAACCACCUGGAGAGCAUCUUCCUGGUGAUGGGUUACUGUGAGCAGGACCUGGCCAGCCUUCUGGAGAACAUGCCGACACCCUUCUCUGAGGCGCAGGUCAAGUGCAUCGUGCUGCAGGUGCUCCGGGGCCUCCAGUACUUGCACCGGAACUUCAUCAUCCACAGGGAUCUGAAGGUCUCCAACUUGCUCAUGACGGAUAAGGGCUGCGUGAAGACAGCGGAUUUCGGCCUGGCCCGGGCCUAUGGCAUCCCGCUGAAGCCAAUGACCCCCAAGGUGGUCACCCUCUGGUACCGAGCCCCUGAACUGCUGCUGGGGACCACCACGCAGACCACCAGCAUCGACAUGUGGGCCGUGGGCUGCAUCCUGGCCGAGCUGCUGGCCCAUAAGCCCCUUCUGCCCGGCGCUUCCGAGAUCCACCAGGUGGACCUGAUCGUACAGCUGCUGGGGACACCCAGUGAGAACAUCUGGCCGGGCUUCUCCCAGCUGCCACUGGUGAGCCAGUACAGUCUGAGGAAGCAGCCCUACAACAACCUGAAGCACAAGUUCCCGUGGCUCUCGGAGGCCGGCCUGCGCCUGCUGAACCUGCUCUUCAUGUACGACCCCAAGAAAAGGGCGACGGCCGGCGACUGCCUGGAGAGCUCCUACUUCAAGGAGAAGCCCCUGCGUGAGUCUCCCCCGCCCCCUGGCCGGCGCUUGGCUGGGGGUCCGUGUCCGGGCUGGGGCCACUGUUGGGCAGGUGGGCAGUGGGGCCUGAGCAGGCACGGGCUGCUCGUGCCGCAGGAACCGCGUGCAGGGCCAGGAGGGGAGCAGAGGGAGGCGUGGGGGGCCCUCCCCACCCGGCGCUGAGCAGCCCCCUCCCUGCAGCCUGCGAGCCGGAGCUCAUGCCCACUUUCCCCCACCACCGCAACAAGCGUGCUGCCCCGGCCACAUCCUCAGGCGCUGAGAGCCAGAGCCGGCGCUGCAAGCCCUGAGGGUGGGGGCCCCUGCGGCCCGGCCUGUCCCUCAGCCAGGACCGACCAGCUCCUCCAGCUGACUGCACCGCUUCCUGCACCUCUGCCCACCGCUGCCCCAGAACGGCAGCGUGUGGACACGGGGGAUGCCGGUGGGUGCGUCCUGCAGGCCCAGACACCCUGCCGGGCGCCACCUGGUGGCUCUGUCAUCUCGUGGCUCUGCCAUCUGGUGGCUGGGCUGGGUCCACCUGUUGCCAAGCCCUCAGACCCUCACUUCCCAGGAGGAAAUUUGGCUGGGCCCAUCUCAGGAGGUGUCUCUGGCUUGGGACGAGCAGACCCCACGUGGUCACCUUUGUCCCCACUUGAUCCCCAGGGUCGGCCUGGGAAGGGAGAGGCUACAGUGACCCCCCGCUGGGGCUGCAGGACUCAGAGUGGGAAGGAGGGGUGGGGUGUGGGGUGCCGCCAGCUGGGUGGACUGGAGUCUGGGCAGCUCUGAGCCCACCAGAGGGACAGCCCUGGGUUGGGGGCUGUGCCCUGUCCCCACUCCCCACUGAGGCUCCUGGGGAGGGAGGGACAUGGUUGGGCCUCGGAGAGAUAAACGCUUUCCUCACAGA